GGCCCGGCGCGGGGGAGGCGCCGCCGCCGCGGGGGCCGGAGCGGGCCGAGCCGCCGCGCCCGCUCCAUGGAGGCCGCGGCCGAGGCCCCGGGGGGGUCCGCGGUCCUCAGCUGCUUCUCCUACAACCAGGACUGCACCUCCCUGGCAAUUGGGACUACAACUGGAUACAGGCUUUUCUCCCUAAGUUCUGUGGAGCAACUGGACCAGGUCCAUGAAAGCCAUGAAAUCCCAGAUGUUUACAUCGUGGAGCGUCUGUUCUCCAGCAGCCUUGUGGUUGUGGUCAGUCAUGCCAAGCCACAGCAAAUGAAUGUCUACCACUUCAAGAAGGGGACAGAGAUCUGCAACUACAGCUAUUCCAGUAACAUUCUGUCCAUCCGGCUGAACCGUCAGAGGCUGGUUGUGUGCCUGGAGGAGUCCAUUUACAUCCACAACAUUAAGGACAUGAAGCUUUUGAAGACUAUUCUGGACACGCCUCCAAAUACAACAGGCCUGUGUGCUCUCUCCAUCAACCACGCCAACUCCUACUUGGCUUACCCCGGCAGCGCGGCCAGCGGGGAGAUCGCGCUUUACGACGGAAACACUUUGAAAACAGCCUGCACGAUUCCUGCCCAUGAUGGGCCUCUGGCUGCCCUCACCUUCAACUCCACCGGCUCCAAGCUGGCAAGUGCUUCUGAAAAAGGCACAGUCAUUCGUGUAUUUUCCAUCCCUGGGGGGCAAAAGCUCUAUGAAUUCCGGCGAGGGAUGAAAAGGUAUGUGAACAUCAGCUCCCUGGUGUUCAGCAUGGAUUCCCAGUUCCUCUGUGCUUCCAGCAACACGGAGACUGUGCAUGUCUUCAAACUGGAGCAUCUGACUGACAGCCGGCCAGAGGAGCCUCCAACCUGGAGUGGUUACAUGGGGAAGAUGUUCCAGGCUGCUACCAACUACCUCCCAGCUCAGGUGUCAGGCAUGAUGAACCAGGAUCGAGCCUUUGCCACCGUCCGCCUCAACGUCUCUGGACAGAGGAACAUCUGUGCCCUCUCCACGAUUCAGAAGCUGCCUCGACUGUUGGUGACUACAUCAGAUGGACAUCUCUACAUCUAUAACUUGGACCCACAAGAUGGAGGGGAGUGUGUCUUAAUUAAGAAACACAGUCUCCUUGGCUCAGGAAAGAUGGAAGAGAACAAUGAAAACAACCUUCAGCCUCCGUUACCUCAAACUUACGCAGCAACUGUAGCCAGACAAAGUACAGUGCCUUCAACUUCGACCAUGCCAGGCUAUUCAGAGGACGGUGGUGCCCUGCGAGGAGAGGUGAUCCCGGAGCAUGAGUUUGCCACUGGACCGGUGUGUCUGGAUGACGAGAAUGAGUUCCCUCCUCGUGCAACAAAAAAGACGUUUGAAAAACCUCAAAACUUGUGACAAAAUGGAAUAUUCACCCACAGCCCAUGCCACGAGGAUGGCUUUGAACUUAAGACAUACUUCUGGACAAACAGCACUGCUCAGACCCAGCAGUUUCUUCUCCAUUUUGAAACAUCUUGCUUUCCCCUGACCUCGAGCAAGACUUCAGAGGCUCAGCUGUUAGGAGUGAGGAAAAGCAGCUUCAGUCUAACACAGGAUCUGUUGAGAUUGUUGAAAACUGCCUCUUGGUUAAACAGGAGGAGGUACAGAUCAGGGAAGAGAUGAGAAGCCCAAGGAGGGCUCAUAAAACAUAGCCUCAACAAGAGCAAAAGCGGAUGUUGCUACUGAUUGCGCCAGGCUGCUGAAGGAUCCUGCAGCAAGAGGUCAGCAAGUUCAGC